UCGACGUCACGCGGGGAUUGAAUACAAUAGUGUGGGCGGCAAGGCAGAGGGACCGAGGUGGAGGGGCGGCGCAGCUUCCCUACCGCUACCUUGCCGGGGCUACGGAGAAGGCCGGCCACGCCUCCUCCGCCUCGUGACGUCACUCACGCGCCGCUGGUGGUGUGUCCCAUCUGCUUCGCACGCUCAUUGCCGUUUCACGGGUUGUCCCUUCGACCCUUUCCAUCACUACUCACUGGGGUCAGGCGGCCCGGAGGCGCAAUUCACGUGCCGAAAGCAGGAGAGCGGCGGACAGAGAGGCGUGUGUGCAGCCCCGGGCGGGUUCCGGCAGGCCCGCCGCGCGUGGCUGGGGAGGCGAGGGCAGAGCCCCGCUGCUUGGGGGUCCUGUCAGCGCGGUGCAGGAAUUGCUUCAUCAUGAGAAAUCUAAAGUUAUUUCGGACCCUGGAGUUCAGGGAUAUCCAGGCUCCGGGGAAACCUCAAUGCUUUUCUCUCCGAACUGAACAGAGGACAGUGCUCAUUGGCUCAGACCAUGGACUGAUGGAAGUAGACCCUGUGACUAGAGAAGUGAAAAAUGAGAUUUCUUUAGUGGCGGAAGGCUUUCUUCCAGAGGACGGAAGUGGCUGCAUUGUUGGCAUUCAGGACUUGCUGGAUCAGGAGUCUGUGUGUGUGGCCACGGCCUCUGGAGAUGUCAUCCUCUGCAAUCUCAGCACGAGCCAGCUGGAAUGUGUUGGGAGUGUGGCCAGCGGCAUCUCCGUCAUGAAUUGGAGUCCCGACCAAGAGCUGGUGCUUCUUGCAACAGGUCAACAGACCCUGAUUAUGAUGACAAAAGACUUUGAGCCAAUCAUGGAACAGCAGAUCCACCAGGAUGAUUUUGGUGAAAGCAAGUUUAUCACUGUUGGAUGGGGCAGGAAGGAGACGCAGUUCCAUGGAUCAGAAGGUCGGCAAGCGGCCUUUCAGGUGCAAAUGUAUGAGUCGGCUUUGCCCUGGGAUGACCAUAGACCACAAGUGACCUGGCGUGGUGAUGGCCAGUUCUUUGCUGUGAGUGUUGUUUGCCCAGAGACAGGAGCUCGGAAGGUGAGAGUAUGGAACCGAGAGUUUGCUUUACAGUCCACCAGUGAGCCUGUGGCAGGACUGGGACCGGCUCUGGCCUGGAAGCCCUCAGGUAGUUUGAUUGCAUCUACACAAGAGAAACCCAAUCAGCAGGAUAUUGUGUUUUUUGAGAAAAAUGGCCUUCUUCAUGGACAUUUUACACUUCCUUUCCUCAAAGAUGAGGUUAAGGUAAAUGGUCUGUUCUGGAAUGCAGAUUCCACCGUGCUUGCAGUUUGGCUGGAGGACCUUCAGAGGGAAGAAAAUUGCAUGCUAAAAACAUAUGUGCACGUUCUCUGUCAGGGCUGGCAUUACCUCUGCUAUGACUGGCACUGGACGACUGACCGGAGCUCGGGAGAUCAUUCGAGCGACAUGGCAAAUGUGGCUGUCAUUGAUGGAAGCAGAGUACUGGUGACAGUCUUCCGGCAGAGUGUCGUUCCACCUCCCAUGUGCACCUACCGACUGCUGCUCCCACACCCUGUGAAUCAAGUCAUGUUCUCUGCACACCCCCAAAAGAGUAAUGACCUCGCAGUCUUAGAUGCCAGUAACCAGAUUUCUGUGUAUAAAUGUGGUGACAGUCCAAGUGUGGACCCUACAGUGAAACUGGGAGCUGUGGGUGGAAAUGGAUUUAAAGUUUCUCUUGGAACACCUCAUCUGGAAAAGAGAUACAAAAUUCAGUUUGAGAAUGGUGAAGAUCAAGAAGUAAACCCGCUGAAGCUCAGCCUUCUCACCUGGAUUCAGGAAGACGUUUUCCUGGCUGUCAGCCACAGUCCCUCCCGCCCACAGUCUGUCAUUCACCAUCUGACCGUGGUGCCUCCUGAGGUGGAUGACGAGCACGGACAGCUCAGUGCCAGUUCAUCUGUGACAGUGGAUGGAGUCAUAAUCGGUCUGUGUUGCAGUUCCAAGACCAAAUCAGUAGCAUUGCAGCUGGCUGAUGGCCAGGUACUUAAGUACCUUUGGGAGGCACCCUCUCUGGCUGUUGAGCCAUGGAAGAACCCGAGUGGAUAUCCUCUUCAAUUUCCGUAUCCAUGCACACAGACUGAAUUGGCCAUGAUUGGAGGAGAGGAGUGUGUCCUUGGUCUGACUGACAGGUAUCGCUUUUUCAUCAGUGACACUGAGGUUGCUUCAAAUAUCACAUCGUUUGCUGUAUAUGGUGAAUUUUUGUUGUUGACAACCCAUUCCCAUACCUGCCAGUGUUUUUGCUUGAGAGAGGCUUCAUUUAACACAUUACAUGCAGGUCUGAGCAGCAGCCAUGCGUCCAGAGCGGGGGAAUCUCUGCGGAAGGUGGAGAGGGGUUCACGGAUUGUCACCGUUGUGCCCCAGGACACCAAGCUUGUAUUACAGAUGCCAAGGGAAGAAGAUGUUACAAAGACCAUGUAUCCUCCGCCGGUUACCAGCACUGCCCAGCCGUCCAAGGAUCCUGAUGGGAAAAAAGUAGACCUUAUCUGCGAUGCUCUGAGAGCAGCCAUGGAGAACAUAAACCCUCACAAGUACUGCCUGUCCAUACUCACCUCUCACGUGAAGAAAACAACCCCAGAACUAGAAAUUGUGCUGCAGAAGGUGCACGAGCUUCAAGGCAAUGCUUCGCCUGUUGCUGAUGCUGUGAGUGCUGAAGAGGCCCUGAAGUAUUUGCUGCUUCUGGUAGAUGUUAAUGACUUGUAUGAUCAUUCUCUUGGGACGUAUGACUUUGAUUUGGUCCUCAUGGUGGCUGAGAAGUCACAGAAGGAUCCCAAAGAAUAUCUUCCGUUUCUUAAUACACUUAAGAAAAUGGAAACUAAUUAUCAGCGGUUCACCAUAGACAAAUACUUGAAGCGCUAUGAAAAAGCCAUUGGGCACCUCAGCAAAUGUGGACCUGAAUACUUCCCAGAAUGCUUAAACUUAAUAAAAGAUAAAAACUUGUAUAAGGAAGCUAUGAAAUUAUUUCCAUCAGACUCGCAGCAGUACAAGGAGAUCAGCGUUGCUUACGGGGAGCACCUGACGCAGGAGCACCUCUAUGAGCCAGCCGGGCUCGUGUUUGCCCGCUGUGGCGCCCACGAGAAAGCUCUCAGCGCCUUUGUGGCUAGUGGCAGCUGGCAGCAAGCUCUCUGCAUGGCAGCCCAGCUUAACUGGACCAAAGACCAGCUGGCGGGCCUCAGCAGAACUCUGGCCGGAAAGCUGGUUGAGCAGAGGAAGCAUGGUGAUGCAGCCACAGUCUUGGAACAGUACGCCCAGGAUUAUGAAGAAGCUGUGCUCUUGUUGUUAGAAGGAGCUGCCUGGGAAGAAGCUCUGAGACUGGUGUACAAAUACAACAGACCCGAUAUUAUAGAAACCAAUGUAAAGCCUUCCAUUUUAGAAGAUGAUGAAGUGCCCCAGGGUCAAGAGUCAGACCUCUUCUCUGAAACUAGCAGUGUCCUGAGUGGCAGUGACAUGAGCGGCAGAUAUUCCCAUAGCAACUCGAGGAUAUCAGCGCGAUCGUCUAAGAAUCGCCGCAAAGCGGAGCGGAAGAAGCAUAGCCUCAAAGAAGGGAGUCCACUAGAGGAUCUGGCCCUUUUGGAGGCACUGAAUGAAGUAGUACAGAGCACUGAAAAAUUGAAAGAUGAAGUACACCAGAUUUUAAAGGUGCUCUUUCUAUUUGAGUUUGAGGAGCAAGGAAUGGAAUUACAGAAGGUCUUUGAAGAUACUCUCCAUCUAAUGGAAAGGUCAAUUCCAGAAAUUUGGACUCGCACCCACCAGCAGAAUUCAGCUACGUCUGUUCUGGGUCCCAAUGCCACUGCAAAUAGUGUCAUGGCCGCUUACCAGCAACAGAAGACUGCAAUUCCUGUUCUUGAUGCUGAGCUUUUGAUACCCCCAAAGAUGGACACAAGAACCCAGUGGAAACUGAGCCUUCUAGAGUGACUGACCCCAGUUAGGAGGACUCCCGCAGAGACCAUUCUCCUUCCGCUCCUCACUCCUCGAGGCCUGGCUGUUGGGAACUGGGAAGAGUAAGACGAUAAUCUACCUGAGCAUCGUAGAGAGCUGCUCUGUACGGCAGGCCCCAGCAGACCCAGUCAGCUCCGUUUUAUGUUCUUUUGUACAUAGUUUUAGUCACUAGCCAAACUUUAGGUUUUAUCCAGUGUAGCAUCAUUUGGCAUAAAUUACUGUUCUUUUGUUUAGUGUGGUUCGAGAGCGUAUUUUUGGUAUUAUGGUAAUCAAAAGAAUGGCUUUUCACACCCAGCUACAAGUCUGAUUCAUUUGGGGAUCUUAGACAAGUCACAUAAUUGAUUUAUGCCUCAGUUAAUUGGGAAUACUGUUUCAUGGCUUCUCCCUCAGAAGUGUGAGGAAAAGAAAAUAAUGUUUUUAAAUGGUGUUAUGUUCCUGGAGGAGAGCGGUUUAUAUAUAUAUAUAUAUACACACACACACACACACCAGGGCUGUUAGUGCUACCAACAUGUGGUGAAAGUUAAUCCCUUAAAUGACUCCUUCACCUUGAACUAAAGCAGAAUAUAUAAAGCUAAAUAUACCCUCUGAAAUCCUAAGCUUUCCCAUGCUGACAGCUGUUAUUCUGUAAUGUCUUACCACGUCAUGUGCUUCCGGUUACAACUGCAGUGGGCUGCUCUCACUUCAGUGUCCGUAGGGACUCUCUUCACUGCCUGUGAUUUUCUGCUAGAGAGUUAGCGGUGUUAGAGCUGGAACAGAUUAGAGUCUGAAACAGUGUCAUGCACGUUUGGUGUGGUGAGCAGUGUGCACAAUUGUACGUUAUUCCUUUUUCUCCAGAUCAGUGUUGCUUUAAACUAAAAGGUGUCUGUCAGUGUCUAGGCCAAUUGAUUUCUUUUUCUUUAUGGUGCUUCACUGGCCUCUUAGUUAUUUUUUUGGGGAAAAAAUGAGGGUGUUUUCUCUUUUGGGUAUGUCUAGAAAAAGCUCAGUUCAUUUAAACAGCUGAUGUCUAAAUGUGGCUGAUUCUUGGGUAAGGUUCAAAUUUUCUUCCAUGCUUUUAGUACUAGAACAAGCCCUUCAUGACUGUACAUGAACUGAAAAUUCCGGUCCUCGGAAUAUGGGUAUGCCCAGAACUGUAGUGAAAGACGGUCCCUGCUGGUCUAAUUAAGCUUUCCUGUGUGUCUGAAAAUUUUCACAAAGUAACAUUAAAAAAUGGUAUUUCCCACCCUA